AUGGUAUGUGGUGGGCAGUGCGAGGUUGUGGUAAUGUGCAGUGAUGGUGGUGUGUCGGGGAGAGUGUUUGUGUCCAUUUAUUGGGAUGGUCAUGGUGGUGCAACGAUGAUGUUUGACGGUGGUGGAGAUGGUAGUGCAGACAAUGAUGUUGGUCUAGAUGGUGGGUGCAUGCUUUUAUGUUUAGCAGGUGGCUUUGUUGGAUCCAAUGGUGGUAGAGGAUUUGUUGGACCUGGUGGUAGCUGUGGUCGAAGAGGAGUUGGUGGGGGUAAAUUUGGCGGUGUGUCUAGCGGUGGUGGCCAUGAUGGUCGCCAUGGUGAUAGUGGUGGUCUAGCAGUGGUUGUCGUAGGGUACGAUGUAGUGUGGUAG